AUGCCAUUACAGUUGACACCUUCCUUCACCCCGAGAGCUUUAACUCGUACGUGUUCCCCACACGCACUUUUCUCCUCACAGCCUUCCCAUCACUGCUCCGUCAUGUGGCAUCCAAUCUCAUGGACACCACGUGCCCAGUGGUCACCAAAGCACUUCAAGCUGGUCACGGUCUACGUGCUGGUGCUCUUGGUAUCGCUCAGCUUUGCUUCAGGACAGAGCAGGCCAUUUAAACACCAGAUAGACAACAGAAGUCCUGAGAUCGAUCCCUUUUGGUACGUGGGCCGUGGCGUUCGCCCCAUCGGUCGGUUUGGGAAGAGGCAGCUGAGCAGCAGCCGUGGCAGCCGGAGGCCUGUGAGCAGACACCUGGAUUUCAUCCUGGACGCUUUGUGGGAGCAAAAAGUGUCGGGGACAGAAGACAACAACUGGUGAUCUCUGUUCCCCAAGGCGGUGACCCAACCUCUGUUCUUUGAAUUAUGCCCUCCCCCUGCACCUCAGUCCUCCAGUUCUGCUUUUGCCCAGCAAUCCCACGCUGCUCUUUGUUCUGCUCCUUGUGCCAAUUCCUUCAAAAAGAAACAUGUUCAGGGUGCAGGAAAAAGACAAUGUAUGGACACUAGCACUGAGUGCUACCAUAGCUUAUAAAAACGUUUCUUCAUCUUACAUCCCCACCAGUCUCCUGAUGCCGUUCGCUGUAACGUUAGGUUUAUUCAAAAACCACGCAGCUUUUGUGCUGGGAUGUAAACUCUGCAGUGCUAAGUGUAUGAUGAAACCUUCCUGUCUCAUUUCAAAGUCAAUGGCUGUUGAUAUGUAAAAAUAAAAAGCAAUGGUUGG